GUAAGCGCCUUGACUGCGCGACGUUCGUUUAUUUUGCUCGUCUUCCGUUCGAAUCGUUGUUCGUCUCCGUUGUUAUCCACCUGUGACCACCAUGAAGCUUGCAGACGCGAUGACCUUCCUCCUCGUGGCGCUCUGCGCCGCGUCAGCAGUCGCAGCGGCAGCUGGCGGAGGACAUGCUUCCUCUCAGUACCUCAGGCAUACGAGUGAUCUUCGAGAGCUGAUWAAGGCGGAAGGCGGGUCGGUGAGUAGCUGGGGAGGSKCUCUGGAGGAGWUCCCCAAUGCCUCYCUGGGAGCAGGAAUKGUAACGUUGGAGGGCGGCUUCAUGAUGCUGCCCGAGUACUCCGACUGCCAUUACCUUCUCUACGUGCUUGAAGGUUCCGCCCACGUGGGACUGAUGUCUCCUGUCGGGUUCCCAACCAAUGCCAGGAGGAUCGAGCAAGGGGAUGUGUUCGCGAUUCCCCGAGGCUGGGUGAGCUGGGCCGUSAACUGCGGAAAUUCUCGGCUGCGGGCGUUCGUUGCRUGGGACACKUCGGAGGGUCGUCARCCAGGGGAGUGCACGCACUUUCAUCUGGCGGGCGCGUCGUCGACCUCCACUGCAGCAGCGGAGCAYCAGAAGGACACGGGUUCGAUUCUUCGCGGAUUCAGCAAGGAUCUGCUGGCCAAAGCGUGGAACGUGGACGUCAGCCACGUGGAGCGGCUGCUGCGGUCCCAGCACGGGAGCGCCAUCGUCAGACUUCCUUCUCGCUCAGCGAYCAGCCCCGCCACGUGUCACAACGUGGUCAAUCAGGCSGCCCAGACAYGGACGACAACAUCGWCAAUYAGUCAGSUGKCGAUGGCGGUGGGCRUGGGAYUGAGYGAUKACGUCARYGGAGASCAAGGGGCAUCCUYRACGUCCGGUCUCUKGMCGCWUWCMGGUGGCGAGUUCGUGUACGAGCUGGACAGAUCGUCUGCUGACGUGGCAAACAAGGGCGGGAAGCUUUGGUUGCUGAAUGCGCACCGAAUGCCAGYGCUGCKUCAGCUGGGAAUGGGSGCGUWCAGACUGUUCUUGMRGCCAGGMGCRGUGGUGGGCCCRGYGUGGUCWGUGAAYGCGCACCACAUCGUKYACAUYAUCAGAGGGAAGGGGCGCGUSCAGAUCGCGGGSCCGGACGGGSGCAACGAGCUGGACGCGGAGGUGCGCGCAGGACAGGUGGUGGCGAUCCCGCGCUUCUUCGCGGCGUUGAAGGUGGCGUCGGAGGAGGAGCCGUUGGAAAUCAUCUCGGURACUUCGUCCUCCAUGCCCUUGUCGUCCUUCCUCUCCGGAUCGACUUCCUUGUUGAAGAACAUGCCGUUGGAAGCGGUAACCCACGCGUUCAACGUCGACAGGGAGCUGGAGGAGAAGUUCAGGGAGAAGAGGAGGGAGGUCACCGCCAUCCUGCCGCAGUCGCAAUCGGAGAGUCCCAAGGUAUAGCUCGAUGGGAUCGUCCUCGAAGCUCCUGUCGUCGCUUCUGUCAUGUCGAGGUUCCCUCUCGAGAGUAUGCGUGUGUAGGUCAUAGCUAGUCCAGGUAGCUGCUGUCGUGUCGAGGUUCUCUCGUGUGACGUAUGCGUGUGGAGGUAAGAAUAAUAUGGGUGCACAAUACCGACAGGGAAGUAGCGGGGAACUUUAGGGAGAAGGGGAGGGUCAUAACCACUAAUCGCAUUCUGGUGAACGCGGUUCUGCCACAAUCGGAGUUUCAGAACAUUAUGUGAAAUAGCAUUUGGUACAGUGAUUGGCGUGGAUAGAAUAUUCACUUCUGAGACGCAUGUGACGUGAAUUGCGGUCAGAUUCCAAAAGUUUGGAGUCCAAUGUGACGUUAAUUGCGGUCAGACUCCAAGAAAAACGAAGUCACUCCAAGAGAGUGACUGUAGAAUAUCGUAUCUGGGACGCAUGAUGACGCAUGUGACGUGAAUUGCGGUCAGAUUUGUAAAAUCCAAGUCCAAGUAGAGUUGAUGUACACUUCAUUGCGAGUAGCAUCGCUCCCGGUUUAGAAUUAGAUUCCAAAUAGUAAAGGAGUCCAAGUCGAGCGAAUGUAGAAUAGGCAUAUCUGGGACGCAUGUAACGUGAAUUGCGGUCAGAUUCCGAGAAAGUUGAUGUACACUUGAGUGCGAGUAGCAUCGCUCCCGGUUUAGAGGUAGAUUCCAAAUAGCGAAGAAGUCUUCAAGUCGAGCGAAUUUAGAAUAGCCAAUUCUGGGAUGCAUGUGACGUCAAUUGCGGUCAGAUUCCGAGAAUCGAAGUCCGAGGGAGUGAACUUGGACUUGGUUGCUGCAAGUAGAAUCGGUUCAUCAUUGCACCGUGUAGGUGUAAUCUGGCUCAUCGUCCCAGGAGUGCUCUGAGGGAAAAUGACGCUUACACGAAGGAGAGAAUGGACACGUGGAGGGACGAAUUGACACGUGGCGAAGGGUCCUGGGGUCGUUGGACCGAUACGUGUGCGAGGGAGGGGAGUUGACACGUGCUCAGAGGGGGGAAUCUGAGUGUCAGUGCCCACAGAUUCAACGAGUUACGAUGAACACUCUUUCCUCAUGUCUCGCAGCGACCUUGAACAGACAAUGAGUUAACGACUAACACUCUUUCCUGAUGUUGGGUGAUUGAGACGGUGUUCUUGGUAACGAGUUAACGAUACUCUGCUUGGUAAGCGGCUUGCUCCGCCGUGUUGAGGAGUGUUUAAGGGUCGGUCGUUGGUGAGCGAGGAACAGUGACCUCGUUCGGUCUGCGUGGGCAGGGCUCUGUGUCAGCAGCUUCGAGUGGGUUCAGUGCGUCCUUUUGGAACGGCUUGGAAGAUGCCAUGUGCAUGCGUAGUGCCUCUCAUCCUUUUGAAACGGCUUUUGAAACGGCUGGGAAGCUGUGUUUUGAGAGAAUGUGCACUGUGUGCAUGUGAGCACUAUGUGUGCUCGGACAGUGGUUUGUGUAAUCAGCUGUUUUUUGAGAGAAUCUGCACUCAGUCUGUCGUUCAGUGUGGAGAAGUCAUUUUUUGGAAUUGGCUUGGAAGGUUCCUGUGUGUGAUUUUGAUUGAUUGACCAGUCAUUUGCUUUGAGUGAUUGACCAGUGAUUGGUUUGGUGUACACCCACGAAAUGUUGAAGUAUAGAGUCGUCAGUACGGAUUAUAAUCGAUUCGGAUGAGUAAAUACUGGGGCGGGUC